GAGACAGUCACAUUCAUACAUAUAAACCACAACGUUACAAAUCACACAAACACACAAACGAACAAUGAAACCCACUUUCCUCCUUUCUCUCUUAUUCUUCACAUUCACACUCUCCCAUCUCACCCCACCCGCCACCGCCGGUGACCGUUACGUUUCCGGCGACAAUUCCGGCGAUGCCGACUUCAUCCGCGCGAGCUGCAACGCGACCCUGUACCCCGACCUCUGCUUCUCCUCCCUCUCCCGCUACGCCGCCGCCGUGCAGAGCAGCCACGCCGCCCUAGCACGCGUCGCCGUCGCCGUGGCCCUCGCCAAGGCCCACGGCGCCGCGGCCUACCUCUCGCACCAGACCGCGGCGGCCAGCGACGACGACUCCGGCGCCGGCUCCGCCCUGCACGACUGCUUCUCGAACCUCGAGGACGCUGUGGACGAGAUCCGUGGCUCUCUUAAGCAGAUGCGCCGGCUCAAACCAGCCGGAGCCGGAAACUCUGACUCCAGCUCCGUCCGGUUUGGGCUCAGCAACGUGCUGACGUGGAUGAGCGCCGCGCUCACUGACGAGGAAACGUGUACUGACGGAUUCGAGGGUGUAGAGGAAGGUCCCGUGAAGACGAGCGUAUGCGAUCGCGUCACUAGGGUCAAGAAGUUCACCAGCAAUGCCUUGGCGCUGGUUAACGGUUUCGCUAAUAACUUAUAGUUAUAACCGCCAAAUGGGAAUAGUAAUGGUUUCUCUGUCGUUUUGGUUGGUUACUUUGCGUUUUGCUAUGUGUGUGAUAAAAAGGAGCGGAAGAUCAUAGGUUAAUGUGUUGCUUAAGUUAAAAAGUGUGAAUGUGAAUCCUUCUUGUAUGUUCAAAGGUUUUGGUUUCUUUGCUCCGUUGUAGCUUUGUGCUUUCAUCGGUUAUGUUAUUUUCUCAGUAAUUUAGUUUUUAUAAUAUUAUGUUUUUUCUAGUA